AUGACUUCUUUUACAAAACUUGCCGACGAUGAGACCCCGACAAUUGCGGUGCAUCCCACCCGCAAGGUUUCGCAAAUCAACCCCAACAUCUAUGCAGGCUUUACCGAACAUAUGGGGCGAUGCAUUUACGGCGGUAUCUACGACCCAGGGAAUCCGCUGUCCGAUGAAAAUGGCUUCCGCAAGGACGUGGUAGACGCAUUGAAGGAGCUCAAUAUUCCCACCGUUCGAUAUCCUGGCGGAAACUUUUGCGCCACAUACCACUGGCUGGAUGGUGUUGGUCCUAAGGAUCAACGGCCUUCGCGUCCCGAGCUCGCAUGGCUGGGUACCGAGACGAAUCAAUUCGGAACGGAUGAGUUUAUGAAAUGGUGCGAAACUGUGGGCACGGAGCCCUAUUUGUGCUUCAACUUUGGCACAGGCACACUCGAUGAAGCACUUGCUUGGGUCGAGUACUGCAACGGCACUGGGAACACGUAUUACGCCAACAUGCGACGUAAGAAUGGCCGCGAAGAGCCCUACAAGGUCAAAUACUGGGCUCUCGGAAAUGAGGUUUGGGGUCCCUGGCAGGUAGAACAGAUGACCAAGGAAGCCUAUGCGCACAAGGCUUUGCAAUGGGCCAAAGCACUUAAACUUCUCGAUCCAAGCCUCGUUCUGAUCCUCUGUGGGCAAGACGGCACCGCCAGCUGGGAUUACUACACUCUGAAGCAGUGCCUCGUUCCUGCCCACUCAGCUCUGUCCACCAGCGCCGUGCCUCUUAUUGACAUGCACAGCAUCCACAUGUAUACCAGCUCCAACGAGCAUCUCCCCAACGCAACUGCUCCUCUGGCGGCUGAGCGCGCGAUCGAAAUCACCUCCGCACUGAUUGAUCUGGCGCGCGUCGAGAACAAGGUUCCUCCCUCGCAGCCCCGUCCAACCAUCUGUUUCGACGAGUGGAAUGUCUGGGACCCCAUUCGUGCCGAGGGCAGCCUCGGCGCCGAAGAAAGCUACACUCUCUCCGAUGCUCUGGCGGUGGCGAUCUGGUUGAACGUGUUCAUCCGCAAGAGUCGCGAUGUGGGCAUGGCGUGCAUUGCUCAGACCGUGAAUGUCAUCUCUCCGCUGAUGACUACCAAGGAGGGCAUCAUCAAGCAGACGACUUGGUGGCCCUUGUAUCUGUUUUCACGGUUUAUGCGCGGAUGGACGGUGAGUGCCCAUGUCUCGUGCGGUGUGUACGAGGGCGAGACGGCGCCCGGGUGGCUGCGCAGCGCUAUGGAUACCCCUUGGUUGGAUGUGAGUGCCUCGAUAGGAGAGGAUGGGUUUGUGAGUCUGGUGGUGGUGAAUAUCCACGAGAAGAGAGGGUUCGAAACCAAGAUGGAGGGGGUCAGGGGCUCUGUGGAUGUGUACACGGUCACGGGGGAGGGUGUGCAGUCAAACAACAUGAAGGGCCAGGAAGAAGUGAGUAUUCGGGAGUCCAAGUGGGAUGGCGGUGAUCACUAUGAGUUCCCGAAACACUCGAUGACUCUGAUGCGGUGGAAGGCCGAAUAG